UGUUGCAUGACUACAGAGUGUAAAAACUGAAACUGAAAAUCAAUGAAAGUACAUCAUAAAUCUUUAGUGCUGGUGUUAUUCAUGUCACGUGGGGCGAGGCUUUCUGAGGAAAUGGUCUGAAAGAAAACUGCGGCGAGGUUGUCAGGAAGAGGAACACAUCCUCUCUCACUGGUCCGAUCAACAACAAUCUACUUUGCUCUCUGUUCACCAUGAAGCUGUAUGGAGCUUUGAUCCUGUUUGUGACUCUAUCUACAGCAUGUGGAUUGAGAUGCUACACAUGCAUUACCGCAGACCCAAGAUCAUGCACAGACACCAGAUCUUGUGAACCUGGGCUUGAUCGAUGUUUCUCUCUCAAAUUCAAUGGCGUGACCACCAAGGGCUGCAUAAACAGUCUGAGCUGUGCUGUAGGUGUCAUGUCAUGCUGUGAAGGAGACCUGUGUAACAGUGCAGUUCCAACUGGUUCCAGUGUCCUCCUGCUGCUGGUAUCUUCAGCCCUCAUCACUCUCUUUCUCUAAGGCUCUGGGAUCCUCUUAUUUUAAUGCUGCACUUCUUGUGUCUGAACCAAUUUGUAUCACUGCAGAUGAAUAAAAACAAUUAAGUUUCACUGGAAACUAUAUCUCAAAGUCAAUUACAUAAUCUUAUGCACAUGUUAAUCCUUUGCUUUCACUCAUGGAUUGAAUAAAAAGAGCUGGCUAUACAAUGAAAAUCAA